CAUUUCUUUCUACACUAAAUCACAAAGAAAGAAAAGCCAUGGCUGCUGCUAAGUUUAGUAUCAAAACAACAUCAUCAUUCUUCCUAGUUCUCUGUUUAUCUACGAUCCUGUUUUUUACUUUGUCAUGCUUUUCUGCUGAUCCCGACCCGCUACAAGACUUUUGUGUUGCUGACUUAAAAUCCACCACAACUGUUGUUAAUGGAUUUCCUUGCAAGCCGGUAUCUCAAGUUACAUCAAAUGAUUUCUUUUACAGUGGCUUGAUGAAUGGAUCGAGCACAGCCAAUCCCUUAGGCAUUGGAAUUAGUCCCGCUGAUGUUAACAACUUCCCUGGGGUAAACACCCUUGGACUUGCGGUAGCACGAGUUGACUUUGCAGCUGGUGGGUAUAUUCCACUUCAUUCACACCCUCGGGCAAGUGAAGUUAUAUACAUCAUCAGUGGGGAAAUCCAUAUUGGGUUCGUUAGUACUACCAACGUUUUCUACUCAAAGGUUCUGAAGUCUGGGGAGUUAUCGAUUAUUCCCAGAGGACUUGUGCACUCUGUAUCGAACGCCGGACAGGAAAAGGCUGUUAUGAUAGCUACUUUCAAUAGUCAGCAACCCGGAUUUGCAAAAAUUCCUAGUAACCUCUUUGCUUCUAACCCAACAAUCCCCAAUGAGAUUUUGGCUAAGAACUUCCAAGUUGAUGUGAACGUGAUUGCUAUCAUAAAGUCAAAGUUUGGUAACUUAAUAAACUAGCAUAAUGUGGUUCUUCCUUGUAACUUGAAAGCAGUAUCGUAUCUGUAUCUCUGUAACUCUAAGUUUGUAAUAAGGGACUGACAGAUCGUCCCCAUGCUUUAUUAAUGAAUUAUGUUUCCUAAAAUUAGUUUCCUUAAAUCUUAUAUAUGAUUGUAUGCAUCACAUAGUGAAU